AUGUUGCCCCAUCAUCUUGCGGGCUCUUUCCCAGCUCGGAGCUCUUUGCCCGCAGACAGUGCAGGGCCUGAUGAUCCUUACCUUUCCGGUUCAGGACACCAGCCACCAAGCCUGUACAAAACAUCUACGGACAUCGAGAAACUCACAACCAAGGACCCACCGAACAGAGAAGAGAUGGGAAACCAGCCAGAAAGAGGCGCCUACUCAGCCCUUCCUCCUCAUACCAGCUCCUUCCCAGAGGCUGGGCUGGACAGAAAGAGCCUUAGUCCCUUAACCUUCUGGCCCUGGCUUCCUCCCACUUUCAUCUCCAAGGAAACCCCCAUCCACAUCUACCCCAUCUUCCCUGGGUACCCACUUUGGCCUCUCCCUUACCUAUUCACUUAUGGGACCCAACCUUCUGCCCAGUGUCCACACCUCUUCAUGCUGCCCCCGGACUCCACAUACCCCACCACGACUGGGGCUGGCUUGUUUAUGACAGCUAAUGGACCUGGACCCCAUAGCCCCCAAGAGAAGACCCUGCUUCUCUACUCAGGAGCUUUCCAGAGUGCUGGCCACACCCUAUACUCCCAGGUCGGGAGUCGGAGCUCUAGAGAUGCCUUGACCCCAGGACAAGCUGGUGUGACAGCUCCUGCAAGGCAGGCUGUGCCAGGCUCCCGGGCAGGUGUCAUAGCCCUACCCUACCCUCUGAAGAAAGAGAAUGGUAAAAUCUUAUACGAGUGUAACGUGUGUGGCAAGAACUUUGGGCAGCUGUCCAACCUGAAGGUUCACCUGCGUGUGCACAGUGGGGAGCGCCCGUUCCAGUGUGCCCUGUGUCAGAAGCGCUUCACCCAGCUGGCCCACCUGCAAAAGCACCACCUGGUGCACACCGGGGAGCGGCCCCACCAGUGCCAGGUGUGCCACAAGCGAUUCAGCAGUUCCAGCAACCUCAAGACCCACCUUCGCCUGCACUCAGGCGCCAGGCCCUUCCAAUGCAGCAUCUGUCCAAGUCACCUCACCCAGAAUGUCUACCCUAAGCUGCACCCUAGGCUGCAGGCUCCUCAGCUCCAUGGCCUGACCCACACCCACCUGCCCCUCGCCUCUCUCACCUGCCUUUCCCAGUGGCACCAAGGAGCACUAGAUCUUGUGGAAGAGAGGAAGACGGGCCGGAAUGUGGACAAGGUGUCCUCGGUAUCCAAGGGAAGGCAGGGACAGACAGCUUGAGCGGGAUUUCUCUGGGAGCAGAGUGUUGGCAAUUAAAAGAUGGUCU